GAGUCACGUGGUCGGAGCCCGGGACCCGCCGUCGCUGCUGCUCGCGCGCCAGUCAGGCGGUGCUCAGGAGUUUGAACGCGGCCAACGGCCGCCUGGUCAGCGCAACCAAUACACAAACAUAACCCCCCGCCCCGCCCGUCGCUUAAUUGACCUUCGGACCCCUUUUUCAAUGGCAGUCUGGUGCCGCGCGCGACCUCUGCCUUGUCAAACGCUUGUCCGGUUGCUUCUCCUGCCUGGUCUCCCUCGGCGCUGUUCAGAGGCCCCGCCCGGCCCGCGGCUGCCAUGGGCCGAGGCCGGACUGAGACCGAGACCGAGGCAGAUGAUUACGGCUAUAAUUUAUUCCCCGAGCGUCAGGCUGGAAAGCAGCAGCAGCAGCAGAAGAAGAGCGUGUUGACAGAAAGCCUCUUCACCUUCCACCACAAAUGUCAGGUGAUGCUGAAAGUGGCCAUGGACACAAGUCCAUAUGCAAAACUUCUUAUAGAUGCCAUGAAAGGCUCAGGGUGUGCUAUUUAUAAAGAUCGUCACUUUUCAUGUGAAGAAUGUGAUGGAACAGUCAGUGGAGGUUUUGAUGCUGAAACAUCACAGAUUGUUAUAUGUCAGAAUAAUAUCCAUCAACAACCUCACAUGAAUCGUGUCGUAUCCCAUGAAUUAAUACAUGCAUUUGAUCACUGUCGAGCACAUGUUGAUUGGUUCCAAAAUGUAAAACAUCUGGCCUGCUCAGAGAUUCGAGCAGCAAAUCUCAGUGGUGAUUGUACCUUUCAAAAUGAACUCAGUAGAUUCAACUUUGGUCUAAAGCAACACCAGCAAAAAUGUGUACGUGAACGAGCCCUUCGGUCAAUACUGGCUGUUCGAAAAGUCAGCCAGGAGGCUGCAGAAAAAGCUGUUGAUGAAGUUUUUGAUAGCUGCUUUAAUGACCAUGAACCUUUUGGUAGAAUUCCGCAUGAUAAAAAAGAUGCAAAAUAUGCCCAAAGGGAUUUUCAGAACAGAGAUCGAUAUUACUCAAAUCUUUGAAAAGGGAAAUGUCAGACCUCUUUGUGAAUGCAGUACCAUUGAUUUGUAAUAAAGAACUGUCACAAUUAUUACAUAA